CAGGCCCCCCCCCACUGACCAUACUUUGACCAAAAAUCAAAUACCAGAGAUUUUCUCUGCCCGAAUUCCAUGUUCCAUUUUUAUCCAAACCCUCUCUCAACCAACCUCCUCCUCUCCCGUUUGUCUUCUCCCACUCCAGAAACGCACAUCUCACCAAACGUUUCUUUCUUUUUCUGCCUCUGUUUUUCUAAUGCUUUUAGAUUAGAUGUACUGACCUUUACAAUUAUCGCAUCGAAACGUUUCAAUUUUCCUGCUGAGACAGAUUUUAGAUCGGCCAAUACAACACAAAAAUCAAGGAAAUGGUUCUGAAUCUGAAAACUAAAGAGAUCUAAAAGAAAAGAAAAGAAAAGCAAAAAAAAAAAAAAAAAAAAAAAAAAAAAACCCAAAAGCUUUAAGGGAAAGGAAAUGGCAAGGAGUAGCAGAUCGUCGUCUGCAAGCACCAAAUGGAGGUACUGUCACCCGUCGUAUUACCUGAAGAGACCGAAACGCUUGGCUUUGCUCUUCAUUGCAUUCGUUUGUUGCUCUCUCCUCGUUUGGGAUCGUCAGACUCUGGUCAGAGAACACGAGAUAGAAGUUUCCAAGUUAAAUGAAGAAAAGACCCAUCUGCAGAAUUUGUUGAAAGAGCUAGAGAAUACACAUGGUCAGCUUUCCAAGAAAGAGGUUGUUCCAGAUGAUCCAAUUGACAUUCAGCGAAGAGAGAAAGUUAAAGAAGCAAUGCUUCACGCCUGGAGUUCAUACGAGAAAUAUGCAUGGGGCCAAGAUGAACUUCAGCCACAGUCGAAGAGUGGUGUAAAUAGCUUUGGUGGUCUUGGAGCCACUCUAGUAGACUCACUUGAUACAUUAUACAUCAUGGGUCUUGAUGAGCAAUUCCAGAAAGCUAGAGAGUGGGUUGCAAAUUCAUUGGAUUUUAACAAGGAUCAUGAUGCUAGCGUUUUUGAGACAACCAUAAGAGUUGUAGGCGGACUUCUUAGUGCAUAUGAUCUUUCAAGGGACCAAGUCUUCCUCAAUAAGGCUAGAGACAUUGCAGAUAGAUUGCUGCCUGCAUGGGAUACACCUUCUGGGGUUCCUUAUAACAUAAUCAACUUGGUACAUGGAAGGCCACACAACCCUGGAUGGACCGGGGGUGAAAGUAUCCUGGCAGAUUCUGGGACAGAGCAGCUGGAGUUUAUUGCUCUAUCUCAAAGAACAGGAGACCCCAAGUAUCAGCAGAAGGUGGAGAACGUUAUACUACAGCUUAAUCAAACUUUUCCUGCAAAUGGUUUGCUUCCUAUCUUUGUUGAUCCUCACAGAGGAACUGCAAUGCACUCAACCAUAACCUUUGGUGCUAUGGGCGACAGCUUUUAUGAAUACUUGCUCAAAGUCUGGAUACAGGGGAAUAGAACUUCAGCUGUGAAGCAUUAUAGAGAAAUGUGGGAGACAUCAAUGAAAGGUCUGUUAAGCUUGAUUAGGAGAACAACACCAUCAUCAUUUGCGUAUAUUUGCGAGAAGAAUGGUGAUUCUCUGUCAGACAAGAUGGAUGAAUUAGCCUGCUUUGCUCCAGGAAUGCUGGCUUUAGGAUCGUCUGGUUAUGGUCCGGAUGAGUCUCAAAAAUUCUUAUCACUUGCAGAAGAGCUGGCCUGGACCUGCUACAACUUCUAUCAGUCAACACCAACAAAAUUAGCUGGAGAGAAUUAUUUAUUUCGUCCUGGGGGGGACAUGAGUGUGGGUACAUCAUGGAACAUUUUGAGACCUGAGACGGUUGAAUCACUCUUUUACCUCUGGCGUGUUACUGGGAACAAGACAUACCAAGAGUGGGGUUGGAAUAUAUUUCAAGCAUUUGAGAAGAAUUCCCGCAUAGACUCUGGAUAUGUCGGACUGAAAGAUGUUAAUACUGGUGUCAAGGACAAUAUGAUGCAAAGCUUCUUUCUUGCAGAGACUCUCAAGUAUCUCUAUCUUCUUUUUUCACCUUCUUCAGUCAUCUCAUUAGAUGAAUGGGUUUUCAACACAGAAGCUCAUCCUUUGAGAAUUGUGACCCGACAUGAUGGGGAAAGUUUUGGAAAAUCAGAUGGGAAACCUAAACCAAUUGUUAGAUUAGGUGGCAGGAAAGAAGGUCGAGCCGGUUAAUUUAAGUAGCUCUUUAUGAUUUUUGGUCAAACCCCUUUCUGUAAUUUCAGUCUCCAAGGAGAUGGAGAGCUAAAGUUCAUUCAUAGUUACUGAAAUUGGAUGUCAAAGAAUAAUGCAGCUCAACAAUUUCCACUUGUUGGUAGUCGUAUUCUACAGUAAGAUUUACGGGCGCCUUUAUACAAUGAUGGAUUUGUAACAUAGGAAUAGGUCAUUGCCUACAGUUACUGUAAUAUGUUUCAUUGAGUAGGGUGAUAUCUUUUUGAUGGAUAGCCAUUUGUAACUUUUAGAAGAUAAUCUUUAUUGUCCUUUUCCUCACGUUUCCUCUUGGGGGAUCAUUGCUGAAUAAGUCAUUUAGUAAUAUUUGCUUGUUGGUCUCA